GCUAAUGUUAACUUUUGGUCUGUCGCCGCCAUUAUACCACCGAAGAAGCGUAUCCCGCCCUCCUUCUUCGGUCUUUUCUUCUUCUCCUCCUUGGUAACGUUAGCACAGAGUAAGCGCCACUGGCCCAAGUGGCAAAAGGGGUUUAGUCGCUAGCUAAGUUGGCCUCUGCGCAAGACAUCAAGGAGUGAUCAGACGGCCGUUCUAUUAGCUUCCGAGCUAGCCAGCAAGCUAGCUACCACGCCGGGGGCACCAGUUAGCCAUGUUGCUAGAAAAAUGGCCAUCGUUGAAUGGUUGCAACACAGUACAGGUCAGAGAUAGUACAGUUGGCUAGCUAGAUGUUAAUCGAUAGCCUCGCCGUCGUCCUUGAUAGCUCGCGCCAGACCAGCCCCGACUGAAAAUCGGUUCAAAGGUGCUAACAUCACGUUUUGGUAACAUCCGGCAAUUGCAUACAUGAGUGCUUUAUCUCUUUAUUUGUACCCCGUGUCUCUUUGUGAGUCAAUAUUGGACAUAGUGCCAGCAGAAAACACACAGUAGUAUUAGCGAGAUGGAGAGUUCGUCGGUGUACAUGUGCUUCCCCUGCUACCAGGAGUUCAACACCCUGGAAGAGGUGCUUGAGCACCAGUUGACGUGCACCGCUGAGGACGAACAGCUGGAAGCCCCUGGAAGCACCCCAGUCACCGUUCCGCUGCUUCAGACUCGGCAACAGGUCAUAAAUAUACCAAAGACAGCCCCACCGAUUGAGACCCAAGCAGGGCAAUCCUCGGUUCUCAAGCAGGCGGCACUCAGUGCAAACGUGACAUCGGACCAGCCUAGAAUCCUCUACCAAUGUGGGGACUGUGAUGAACUUUUCAAGAGCCUGGACCUUUGGCAGCAGCAUCGUAAAGAAGAGCUAUGUCAGCAGCCCGCCUCUGGGAAGGAGUCGAUCCCCGAGCCACAGCCCGAAGCGGAGGCCGCUUCCGCGCAGGACGCCACUUCCACUUUAAAUCCAGAGGAUUCUUCGCCCUCAAACGGUGAAGCCAGUGAAAAUCUCGAACCCGAACAAGCGGGGACCACCGCAGCGGAGGAGGAGGAGGAGGAGAAGGGGGAGGAGGAGGGCCAGCCGCCGGCUGACGCCUCUCUGGCUCAGAGCUCCGACCCGGCCGUUUCGGAGGCAGCCGCCUCGACCUCCAAUCAAGAGGAUUGGUCUCCCAGGAGGAGAGGGGCGAACAAAAAGGCCAAACCGGAGCCAGUGCUGCUGUGUGUGGACUGUGGCUCGUGCUUCGGUCUGGUGUCCGAGCUCGUGGCCCACCGCAAGACGCAGCACGGCUUCGAGGAAGCGCUGCAUCGCUGCGCCGUGUGCGGGGAGAGCUUCCUGAACACCACCCUCUUCCUCUACCACCGCAAGCAGCACCGGCAGAAAGGUGAGGAGAAGGCGGCCGAGGGCGCCGGCGGCGCGGCGGAGCCGGUUUGCGCUCGGAGCGACGGUGCCGGCGAGCCGGGCCGCGACGCCGCUCCCUUGGACGCCGCCUCCAGUUGCGCGCCGCCCGAGUUGUUCAUGUGCACCCAGUGCGGGGAGAGCUUCGGCGAGGAGGGGGGGCUGGGCGCCCAUCGCAAGCAUAAGCACGGCCUGACGGAGCCGCUGCACAGCUGCCGCUCCUGUGGCGAGAGCUUCAUGAACACCACCCAGUUCCUGUACCAUCGGCGGAAGCACCGCUUCUCAUCGGGGACGGAUGUCGCCGAUACCGGCGACGAGGCCCCCUCCGCCAAACCUCCGGAUAGCCCCCGGAGCUCAAAGCGGCUGCUCUCCCCGUCCGCCGCCGGCGAGCCAGGAUCACCGCUGCCGAAAAGAAGUAGGCCCACUUUCAGGAUCCUGAGCGGCAACAGUGCCGGACACAAGGGCCUCAAAGACGAAUCAGAGGGCAGCGCUGCAGCAGACUCUGACAACACCAACCACCCUCCACCUGCCAAGCUGCUACAGGACUGGGCCCGCACGCCACUACCCCACGUUUGCCCUUACUGUGGCAAAACCUUCACCCGGCGCGUCUUCCUCCGCACGCACGUCUUCAGCCACACCGGAGAAAAGCUCUUCACGUGCAAGGUUUGUGCAAAGUCCUUCACCAACUCCCAGAGCCUGCUGCGCCACAGCAUGAGCCACACGGGCAGCAAACCCCACAGCUGCGACGUUUGUGGCAAAAACUUCUCCCAGGCGGCCUCCCUGAAGAGACAUCAACGCAUCCACGCAACGCCACAGCCUCGGCGCAGGCGUGGACGCAAGCCGGUGUGUUUGUUGGACAACGAGGGAUCUGCCCAUCUCUUCUCCUGUCCUCACUGCCCGUCACGGUUCAACACGGAAGAGCAGCUCAACCAUCACAAACUGCUCCACACCAGCCAUCCGUUCCCUUGCCAUGAAUGCGGAGAGGCCUUCAAACGCCGGAGAGACCUGGACCUGCACUCGCUCACUCACCAAGACAAGCAGCCGGUGACGUGUCCGCACUGUUCCUCCCAGUUCGUGAACCAGUCAGUGCUGGAGAUCCACAUGCAGCGCUGCCCUUCCACGGAGGAGGACAAGAACACCGGCCGUGGGCGGGGUCAGGGCCGAGGACGAUGCACCGGGCAGGUUGAGUGUGACCUGUGCGGCCACCGUUGCAUGACGCAGGAGGGCCUCGACCUUCAUCGGUUGUCCCACACGGGCCAAACACCCCUCAAAUGCCCAGUGAGGCCUUGCCGCCGCCGAUUCACCUCCAACAGCACCCUGGAGGAGCAUGUGCUGGCUCACUUCCAGGGCACGCUCAGCAAGUCCAAAAACCAACCCCGCUUCCGCUGUCAGAUUUGCCUCAAGGAGUUUUCCUAUAAUUCCACCUUUAAUGUUCACAUGAGGACGCACACUGAUGAGAGGCCCUUCGAGGUAAGAAGGACGGUGCUUGUGUGUGUGCUUGUGUGUGCAUAAAAAGGCAAUGUCUCUCAACCUUCUGAAUCACAGUUUGCCUUUUUUUUUCUCCUAUGAGCGGCUUUUAAACCCUUUUAACGGCCGCAUUUCUUAAAUUGUCAUCCAGCACUUCCUCUCCCCCACGGUCACUCUGGUUCGCCGCUGUGGCCAUCCCUCAGCUUCUGGGCCGUGGUCAUUUGUGCAGCGUGUGUCCUGCGGGUGUUUCCUCCCUCCCUGUGUACCUGUGAUUAAUGACAGGGCUGAGUUAGGGCCUGUCAGCCCCCUCUGUGUCCGUUUCUAUUCUGGGACUCUCUCGCUCUCCCUCUAUUUCUCUGGUGACGAGGCAGGACAUCAACUAUAGGCCCAUCGUAGCCCAUCAUAGCGCACCGGGCUGUAAAAAUUGAUUGACUUCUGUGGCUUCGCUGUGAGCAAUAUCUGUCGGGGAUACUAUAGACGUACGUUCAAGGAGCGUCGGUGCACACGCACACAGGUAUUGGGUGGAAUUGGAAUGUAAGUGAUAAUAAGUAAUAUUCCGUGUGUUCCUGAAUCACUAUAUUUAUUUACGAAGUAUAGGAAGAGCAAAUCAACUGAUCAGAGUAUUUCUCACAGAAGUACUGACACAGCGAAAUCGCCAACAGGGGUUGUAGAUGCAAUCCUGGCGUCCCAAAUUGGGGUGUCAAAGCAAACGAGUUAUUCUUCUGUGGUGGUUUGAUCAAGUGUUCACCGGGUAGUUGAUCCUAAACCUUAUUCUGGUAAAUAAUCAUAAAUAAAAGAUACAGUUAUCAAGCAAAAAGGCUAACUCGAACUCUGGUUCUAGC